AUGUUGUUGUGGUUUGGAAUACCUGGAGCUGUAAUUGGUGAUCAAGGUACUCAUUUUUGCAAUCAAACCAUAGAGGCACUCAUGAGAAAGUACGGAGUUCACCAUCGGGUCGCCACUCCAUACCACCCUCAAACAAACGGACAAGCUAAAAUCUCUAAUUGUGUGGUCAAGAGUAUCUUGGAAAAGACUAUCAAUCCAUCCAGAAAAGAUUGGAGCACACGCCUUGAUGAUGCUCUUUGGGUCUAUCAGAUUGCAUUUAAAAAUCCUAUUGGAACAACGCCCUUUAAGUUUGUCUACGGCAAGGCGUGUCAUCUACUAGUUGAAAUUGAACAUAGAGCAUAUUGGGCUGUUAAGAAAUGUAAUAUGAACUUAGUCGAAGCUGGUGAGGAGAGAUUAUUGGAACUAAAAUAA